AUUUAAGAAAGCAAUAAACCUUUCUUCAAAUUAGUCAUCUUUUCUGUUUUCCAACAUGGUAUCAAAGCUAUAAGCUCCUAGUUCUUUUCUCUUAUCAUCGCUGUUGGUUUUUUUUUUUUUUGGAGUUGGAUUUUCAAUUCUAUUUCAGAUCUGAAACUUUGUUGUUGGGAUCUCUUCUCCUACAGUUUGGAUUAUUUAUCCUCGAUUCUCAGGCCCUUUUUGAGGUAUUUUGUUGGUUUGUUAUUUUGAUCUUGGCAUCUAUCUCUUCAUAUUUUUAGAGUUUUUCAGUAUUGUGAGUUUACUAAUUCUAUGAGGAGUUUUGAAAGGAUUGUAACUCAUCCUGCUACUGCUAUGGUUGCCAAAGAAGUGAUAGAACAACCUAAUGUCAACCUUGAAUCCUUAAAACAGAUGAUAUUAAAUCUUUUUAAUGCUCUUAUUGCCUUAUCUACUGCUCCAGGUACCAAACCUUGGACUCACGGACAGGAUAACUUCUUGGAACUGGUCGCAAGUGAUUUUAAUGCAAAUACAUCUGAUGAGCUCUACAAUGCCUCACCACAUACUCCAACUAGUUCUGUAGAAGAUGAUCUGCCUGUUGGUAAUGUAUUAGAUAAUUUUGAGCCUUCUUCUACUUCCUCGUCUGUAUCACCUGUUGAUUCUACAAAUGAGCUUGUUGUCCCAUCCUCGAGUCAUCCUACUCAAGUGUACAAGAUCAAAAAACGAUCUGAUGGUUCUGUGGAGUGUUAUAAGGCACGCUUGGUUGCCAAAGGUUUUACACAUGAGUAUGAAAUUGACUAUGAGGAGACAUUUGCUCCAGUUGCUCGUCUUACAUCUGCGCACAGUUUGCUUGCUAUCGCUGCUAUUUGGAGAUGGCAAUUGUUUCAGAUGGAUGUGAAAAUUGCUUUUCUUAAUGGUGACCUAGAAGAAGAAGUUUAUAUGAAACCACCUCCUAGGCUCAACCAUCCUCCAAAUAAGUUUGGUUUUACUUCCAGUCCACAUGAAAUGGCUUUGUUCAUUCGUAAGACUGCUCGGGGUAUGGUUCUUUUACUUCUUUAUGUUGAUGACAUGAUUAUUACUGGAAAUGAUGUUGCAAUGACCUCUUCAAAUGAUGGCUACCUGCUUUCUCAAGUAAAGUAUGCCUCCGAUCUUGUUUCUAAAGCUAAACUCAAUGAUGGUAAGAGUGUUUCCACAGCUCUUGAACCUAAUGUCAAGCUCACACCUAUGGAUGGCUCUCCACUUUCUGAUCCUACUUGCUAUCGAGUAAGAAACAAACUAUUCUAUCUCGCUCUAGUAUUGAAGCUGAGUAUAGAGCUCUCGAGGAUACCAUAUCAGAACUGCUUUCAUUGCAGUGGCUUCUUGAAGAUAUGGGCAUUCCUCAACCUUCUUCUACUGAUUUAUAUUGUGAUAAUCAAAGUGCUAUGCAAAUUGCUCAAAAUGACGUAUUUCAUGAACGCACUAAACACAUUAGGUUGAUUGUCACUUUAUUCGCCAUCAUGUUGCACAAGGAACUGUUCAUUUGGUUUUCAUUGGCUCCCCUGGUCAAUCAGCAGAUCUCUUUACCAAGGCUCAUUUUCCUUGACGCUUUCGUACUCUUUUUUCCAAAAUAAAGUUGGUUUCAUCAC